AUGGCCAAGUAUGGGGUGCCACGGAGAGUCCUGGGUGACUACUUCAGACCUGUCUCAACUCCCCACCUCAGACAGAUCUCUUCUCGCUUCUGGCUCUGCUUUCUCAACCAUGAAGCACUGUCCCUCCGUGGCCUCGCCAGCUCCUGGUGGACUGGAGCUCUCCUGCUGGCUCUCCUCCUCGCCUUGGAGCAGACCUCAGCAUCAUAUACCGCCAAGAUCAAACACAAAGUGGGAGAGUGUCCUAGGACGCGGCUGGAAUGCAGAAAUGGGAGUCUGAGCUCGUGCAAAACAGACUUCAACUGUGAGGCUCAUUUCAAAUGUUGCCACUUUGCCUGCGGGAAGAAAUGCAUGGAUCCCUAUGAAGAACCCUGCAUGUUACCCUUAGACAAAGGAGACUGCUCUAACAGUUUGGUGCGCUGGUAUUUUGACCCUGAGAGGCAUCAGUGCAGAGCUUUUAUAUACAGUGGAUGCCGUGGGAACUCGAACAACUUCCUCAGCAAGACUGACUGCCGGAACGCUUGCAUGCUGAUUGUGAAGAAAGGACAGUGCCCACUGUUCCCUUUCCAAAUGCGGAUGGAGUGCCCAGCCUCCUGUAAGAAUGACAUGGAUUGCCCGGAGAAGGAGAAAUGCUGCGAGUCCAGGUGUGGCUUCAUCUGUGCCAGAGCCUGGCUAGUCAAAACAGGCUUCUGCCCACGGAAGCCUGUAGUGUGUUCUAAGAUCGAUAAGCCCAAGUGCCUGCAGGACAGUGACUGUCCCCUGGAUGAGAAGUGCUGCACACGCUGUGGACUGAAAUGCUUGGAACCCAGACACUGA